AUGUCUCAAUCUUCCGGUUCCGCUCAGAUCAAAAACAAACUUGCUGAUACUGUGAAAACAAGAUCAAAAUCUAAGAAGGAAGGAUCAACUGUUGUGGUCAAUGCGAUGCCCAUAUCAAGUAUCCCUGCUACUAGUUCGAAAAAGAAGAAAUCUGCAAAAUCCACUAAGAAAGUAAGUGAAUCGUCUCCCUCAAUUUCUAUUAAGUCUGAUACUGUUAAGUCUAAGAAGAAGAAACCCCAAUCUCCCGUAAAAAGGGGUUUGAGCAUGUCUGAUCUAUACUUGAAUAAGGAUCCUUCUGAAACUGCGAAUGUGGAAUCGCAUGAUGUUGCCUCCGGCAAAAAUGCGAAUGUUGAAUCGUCUAAUAAAAUCAAUGAAGAAAGUGUUAAGUCUGUGUCUGAAAAGGGGAAUCAAGAAACCCUUUCUGCAAAGGAAAACCCUAGUUCUGUUGAAACCCUAGGAAAAACCAAAAAUAUUGCUGAGAAUGUUGUUGUGAGCAAUAAUCCUAGUAUUCCUGAGAAUAUGGCAGUUCCCACGAAUGUCAUAACUGAUGUUACUGAAAAAUCCCAAGAAAAGGCGGUUGUAACCGAUGCUCCAACCGGUGUUGAGCCAUCCUCUAUUCAAACUGAUGCUGAGAAGGAUGUUGAAGCAUCCAAAGGAGGAUCUAGCCCACAUGCUAACACUGCCACUGGGUCGUUUGGCAGUGGAUCUAAUACUGAAGCUUCCACUGAAGAGGAAGUAAACAAAGAAAGUACCCCUGAAGAUGUGGCUGAUUCUGAGCCAGAGAAUGAAGCUGGUGAGAACUCUGAGAAAACCACCAAUGAAGAACAGGACAUAGUGGAUGUUGAUGAAGUCCCCUCUGAAGAAGAUCUGCAACCUCCACCUACUCAAAAAGGUAUUGGGAGAAGACUGAGAAGCAGGACCACUACACCUGCACCUGCUGUUACCACUACCCCUGUUGUUACCAAGAAAACAAAGGACAAUACUCUGAAGCCUGUCAAGUAUGGUCCUAAGAAAGGAUGGAGCAAGCCUAUACCUCCUUCUGAAAAGAAAAAGGGUGUGCUGAAGAGGAAGAGUGCACCAUCAAGUGACUCUGAUUUUGAAGCUGAAAAGGAUGACUCAAGCAUCAAGCCUCCUGCUAAGAAGGCUAUGUCUGCUAAGAAGGUCAUGCCUCAAUCUGUUGCUCCUGACAUUGAAGACUUUCCUUGCAAAGAUAUUCUGGAAUGUGAAGAGAUUGUGAGCUUGAUCAAUGAUGCUGGAUUGAUCAAAACUGUGUGGGGCUUAGGCUCCUGCUAUGAAAAGCUGGUUAGGGAGUUUGUUGUCAACAUCCCUAUAGGUUGUGACAAUCCCUUGGACAAAGAAUUUCAGAAAGUAUAUGUUCGAGGAAAAUGUGUGACUUUCUCUCCAAGUGUGAUCAACAAGGUGCUGGGUAAUGCUGAUGAUCCUCAUCCUGACAUAGAUGUAUCUGACAAUGUGGUCUGCAAAACUAUCACAGCUGAAAAGGUGAAAACCUGGCCCAAGAAGGAGAAGGUACCAGCUGUCAAGUUAACCCAAAAGUAUGCAAUUCUGAAUCGUAUUGCAUCUGUCAACUGGGUUCCUACAACACAUGCAUCUGACAUUGCAACAAAUCUGGGUAAGCUCAUUUAUAUGAUUGGUACUGGUACUAAGUUUAAUGCUGGUCUAUACAUUUUCAAUCAAGUUGUGCAGCAUGCUAAGACCUCUGUCACCAAGCAACCCAUUGCAUUCCCAACUUUGAUCUGUGACAUCAUCUUGUCCCAACAUCCGAAUAUAAGGAAUGAGGAUGAGUCUGCUAAGAAAAGGGCAACUCCUCUGGCCAUUCAUCAGAAGCUGUACAGUAAACAGCAUGCUCCAGAUAUUGUUGGACCAUCCAAUGCUGCUGCCGACACACCUAUGACAAGGAAGGAGAUGAUUGCUAUGCUGGAAGCAAACUGUAAGGAGCUUGAUGAAAAGAAGUUGCAGUUUGAAAGGAUGAUACAUGCUCUCAGGGUUGAAGAGGCUGCAGCUCAAGCAGCUGAUACAGAUGAUGAUGGUUCUAGUGGGGGAGUAGUUAUUGUAUUGUAUGCCAUAAUAGAUGCUGAGCUUGAUGUGCCAUCAGAUGCUGGAUCAUCUGAAUACUCCUAUGCAUGA